AUGGAGGCAAUCUCUUCAGCGCUCUCUGCGCUCUCCAUCCAAACCGAAAAGGCGGUCAAGCACGCUGCUGCCACUAGCCCCGAAAGCUGGAGGUCUGCUGUUGCCGAUGUCGCUUCUUCGCUUGGUUUGACUUCCCAGAACUUCACCAAGACGGUCGUCUUCAAACCAAAGACUGCCAAAACUGCAGCUCCUACUCCCGUGGUACUCAUUGCAAAAGAUGACUCCGAGUACAACACUGGCGCAAUAGCAAAACAUAUCGGCCAGAAGGAGAUGCGUCUCGCUGCCCCUGAGGUACUCAAGGAGUUUCUCAACGCCACCAAGGACGACGUUUCUGCACUCAGCAUUACAAAAGACAACGCAUCGCAGCUCAUCGCCAUCCUUGAUGCCAGCCUUGCCACCAGCACCGACCACUUUGCCGUUCACGCCUCGAGCUCCGAGCAGACGCUGUUCAUGACUGGUGCUGAGAUCGCAAAGUACCUUCAGAGCACCGGUGUCAAGCUCGAGGUCAUCGACUUUGCCAAGCUCAAGGCCGAGGCUGCUACUCCGGCUGCAAAGGCUUCCGCCCCUUCGUCCAGCUCCGCCUCCGCCCCGGGCUCCACGCAGGGUUCCAUCGCCGCUUCGAACAAGGCCAAAGCCGCCGAGGCUGCCAAAAUUCCAGAUGCGGAGCAGAUCGGUAUCACUGUGCGCAAGGCUGGUGACUUCCCCGAAUGGUACACUCAGGUGCUCCGCAAGGGUGACAUGCUCGACUACUAUGAUGUUUCUGGCUGCUACAUUCUCAAGCCAUGGUCUUACUUUGUCUGGCAGUCCAUCCAGAACUUUUUCGAUGCCGAGAUCAAGAAGAUUGGCGUCGAGAACUGCUACUUUCCCAUGUUUGUUUCCGCCGACGUACUCGAGCGUGAGAAGGACCACAUCGAAGGUUUCGCUCCCGAGGUUGCUUGGGUCACCAAGGCUGGUAGCAGCGACCUCGAGCGUCCGGUUGCAAUUCGACCCACCUCGGAAACUGUCAUGUACCCGUACUACGCCAAAUGGAUUCAGUCACACCGUGAUCUGCCGCUCAAGCUGAACCAGUGGAACAGCGUCGUUCGAUGGGAAUUCAAGCAUCCGCAGCCUUUCCUGCGAACACGAGAAUUCCUCUGGCAGGAAGGUCACACGGCGCACAUCUCGCUUGAGGAGGCGGACAAGGAGGUGAUGCACAUCCUCGACCUCUACCGUCAAGUCUACGAAAAGUUGCUUGCCGUUCCCGUCGUCCCGGGUGUCAAGUCCGAAAAGGAGAAAUUUGCAGGUGGUUACUACACCACGACUGUGGAAGGCUUCGUGCCUACCACUGGCCGUGGUAUCCAGGGUGGUACCUCGCAUUGCUUGGGCCAAAACUUUUCGAAAAUGUUUGGAAUCAUGGUCGAAGAUCCCAAGGCUCCCGAGGAGUUCAGGGGCAAGGACGAGGGAAAGCUGCAUGUGUGGCAGAACUCGUGGGGUCUCUCCACUCGUACUAUCGGUGUCAUGGUCAUGGUGCACGGUGACGACGAUGGCCUCGUGAUGCCUCCACGUGUUGCUCAGGUUCAGGUGAUCAUCAUCCCCUGCGGCAUUGGUGUCAAGACCAGUGCUCAGGAGAAGCAAAACAUCAUGGAUGCGUGUGAUCAGACCGCCAAGGAUCUGCAAGCUGCCGGCAUCCGAGCGAAAGCUGAUCUGCGCGACAACUACAGCCCUGGUUUCAAGUUCAACGACUGGGAACUUCGCGGUGUCCCCGUACGCCUCGAGAUCGGUCCCAAGGACCUCGAAAAGAAAUCCGUCGUUGCUGUGCGACGUGACAACAAGGCCAAGACGUCGUUCUCUGUCGACGGCCUGUAUGGCUCGAUCUCGACUUUGCUCGACCAGAUCCAUGAUGACAUGUUUGCCAAGGCGGAUGCAGAGUACCGCUCGCGACGCAAAGUGUGCGAACAGUGGGAUGAUUUCACUCGCAUCCUCAACGAUAAGUGUCACGUCGUGAUCCCCUGGUGCGAGGUGGAAGCGUGCGAGGACGAGAUCAAGAAGCGCAGCGCUCGACAGGCUGUUGCAGGUGAAGCCGAGGACGAGAGGGCUCCAAGCAUGGGUGCCAAGUCGUUGUGCAUUCCCUUUGACCAGGCGCAGUUCGGUGACAUCAGCGGUAAGAAGUGCCCUCAGUGUGGUGCGGAUGCAAAGAGGUGGACCAUGUUCGGUCGCAGUUACUAG